AUUAAAAUAAUGAUUUUAAUAAUAUUAUUUUACAUAUAGUUUAAUUGUAACUAUUAUUACAUGCAAAGCUGUUGAGCCGAGACCGAAAAAGACACAAACAUCCAGAUCAGUGUCGUUCCUUCAUGUACACAGUGCUGUCGUCACUGCCGUUUGGUUCGGUCCACCCCCCCCCCUACAGUGAAACUGCAUUGGUUUCACCCCGGGUAUAAAGACCGCAGCUCGGCUCGGCUCAGCAGCGUCUCUACACACUGAACCUCCAGGACUCAGCACCAUGGACCACGGCUCUUCUCAGGCCGGACGUAGAAAUGCUGCUGUUGACUGGACCCAGUGAAAAAAUGCUGCCUUGGAAGAAGAACAAGUUUGAUCUGAUCGAGGAAGACAAGCAGUCCAAACAGAAGGGCUAUGCAGUGAGUCUCAACUAUUCUGCGCUCACCUCUUUUGCCAAGUCCUGCCCUGAGAGUGCACUCAACAGGGUGGGCAGCAUGUUCAAGUCCAAGAGGAAAAAGGUGAAGAUCACCAGCGAGGACCCGACGUACACGGUGCUGUACCUGGGCAACGCCACCACCAUCCAGUCCAAGGGGGACGGCUGCACAGAUGUGGCAGUGAGCAAGAUCUGGGGCAAAAGUGAAAUGGGCAAGAAUGGAACUAAGAUGAGGCUGACCAUCAGCCACCAGGGCAUCAGAAUGGUCCACGUGGACGACAAAGCCAAAAAGCCGGGACACUUGUAUUUGCUGCACAGGGUAACCUACUGCGUCGCAGACCCCAGACUUCCAAAGGUCUUCGCUUGGAUUUACAGACACGAGAUGAAGCACAAGGCAGUGAUGCUUCGCUGCCACGCAGUGAUGGUGUCCAGGCCCGAGAAAGCCAAAGCCAUGGCUCUGCUGCUGUAUCAGACUUCAGCCACAGCCCUGGCCGAGUUCAAAAGACUGAAACGCAGAGACGACGCCAGGCACCAGCAGCAGCAGCUCAUCGGGGAACAGACCAUCCCUCUGGUCCCUCUCAGGAAGCUGCUGAAUGGACAGUGUUACUACAAACCCCCGGUGGAGCGCAGCCGCAGUGCGCCCAAGCUGGGCUCCAUUACAGAGGACUCAGUCGGAGAAGAGGAGGAGGAGAAGGCCAUGCACUUUGAAUGUGAGGACGUUCUGGACGCAGGAGGUGAUUGUGUUCCAAACGACAAACAGGAGUGGACUCAGAUUAUUAAUGACCUGGGAGAGAUGAGCAUAGGAAACGAUGUGCAGACACUGAAGGCUGACCUGAGGGUCACCAGGCUGCUGUCUGGAGAGAGCACCGGGAGCGACUCCUCCAUAGACAGCAGCCAGGAGCCCGCUCCUCUCACUAACGGCUUUGGGGAGGUGAAGGUUCAGGAAACUGCCUGAAGAAUCGUAGCGUCAGAUGCACUGUUGCUGUUGCUGUUGUUGUUGCUGAGCCACGUUGUCUCCACUAGGGACAUUUCCUCUGUCGUCAACGUUGUUGGGGAGUUGAAUGUUUGUCCCGUCCGUGUCUCCAAGUAAUCCUCAAUGGAUUAUAUUAGCCUCCGCUACCACUAGCUAACACACCAUUAGGAUCGAAAAGUCAUUUAGAAAUGGACCAAUCAGAGCUGGCAAACUGCCAGUGCAGCGCAGGACACACGACACUAAGUCCACGUCUUUAAGAGGAUUUGUUCUGAGCUUGUUUACCUUUUACAGUUUCUCCUGUGAAACUGCUGUGUUUUUUUUCUGUUUUGUCCACAACACUAACAAUGACCAAAAAUAUUUAGUUUUCAAGUCUUACUGUUAGGUUUUGAACCGGCAUCCUCAGCCAGACGUCUUGUUUUUUUUGCACACUCGUGGAGUUCUUUGAAGUAUUACGUUGACUACAUGUUGUCUGAAACAUAAAUGUCAUAUCUUUGCUGUGCAAAAGGAAAACACCUCUAUGUUUCAUGAUGUAAAGUAAGAUGUUUUAGGUAUAAAUGUUAUUUUUAAAUAAUAUAAAAUGUGGUUUGUUUUGUGAACCUCAAAGAAUUGUCAAUAAAAAAGACGUUAUGAAAAA